AUGUGGAGUACUGAGCGUUUGGGCAACGGCAACAAGACUAUUCUGCUUCAGCACGUGGAAGCACUGCGUCAUCGCAUCGUUUCACUAGCCAUUCUUGACUCGAAGGGAAGAUCAAACGUCUUUAGAAGUGCUAGAUCGAAAGCUCGGUCAACUUUUCACGCUACAGCAACCAAAGCUAUCGACAGCCUGAGUCAGGAAGUUGACCAGAUUUAUCACGAGAUCCAGGCCGCAUUAUACCCUCUGUGCUCCGAGUCCAAAGUCGGGGAUGACGUGGGCAAAAUAGACGAGGCCAUCUUUGGGCGAUUUGAGUGUGUUCAAAGUCGAACGAUUUCUGAUUCUCUACUUACUCCAGAAAGGGAACACUCAAAGGAAUUACAUAAGGCCGCCCAAUGGGUACAAAAUGUUAUCUCACAGCGCCAGGUAGAGGCCCCAUUGAAAACAGAAGAGGACAUGUCCAACCUCUCGGAGGACAUCAGUCGUAUGGUAGGGGAACUCUUAGCCGUAUUUAAUUCUCUAGUGUCGAAGAGUCUCACCUAUUUAAAUAUUUGGACCCCUGAGAAGAGGGAGAAUGCGCUUGAGGAGUUUCGAAGCGUCCGCUCCCGGAUGAUGAUGUUUACACCCUUCUCACUGUGGGCAGAGUCAGAGGGAGGCCAAUCAAGGAUCAUCCGCUUUGAUAAACUCCUGGACCAGAUGACAGGAGUUUUGGGACGCUUCAUUCAACACUCGGAUGGGGAUGCGACAACUAGAUUGAGCCAAGAUCUGGGUCACGGAGCAUUUGCGACCAGAACUAUUGGAAUGGACGCCGUUUUUGCUAUGUUUAACACGUCUACCCUGGGUGGCAAGCGUGUACAUGACCAGCUGGUACAGUACCUAUGGGAUGAAGACUGGAAACCCAGGGAUGAUGUGCAGACAGAAGAGUGGCUCAGUAAACGCCUAAAAAAGGACUGGUCAUUUUGCCAUGCCAUCAUCAACAGUCUCAAGUUCAGAGACAUUCGAAGCCGAGAGGAUGCUAUUCCAGAAGCACAUCAGCAAACCUUCUCCUGGGUCUUUGAGAGAAAAGUCGAGGGGCAUGGAAGAAGUCAGCCAUGGCCAUGCUUUCCAGCAUGGCUGAGAGACAGGACCAACGAGCCAUAUUGGAUCACCGGGAAGCCUGGGUCUGGAAAAUCAACGCUACUCAAGUUCAUCCUCCAACACCCACAACUUCCAAACGAGCUUGAAAACUGGUCUGGAAAGCUCCCUCUCUUGACUGUAAGCUAUUAUGCCUGGAAUUCUGGGUCCGACUUGCAGAAAUCCCGCCAAGGGCUUAUCAGGACGAUCUUGUUCCACUCGCUCAAACUCAACCCUGCACUGGUACCUUGGGUUGCUCCUCGGCGGUGGUCUUUGCUCUGCAUUUCGCGGAAGGUCGUCGAGCAACCCAAGUGGGAAAUGUGGGAGCUGGAGGAAUCAUUGAGGUAUCUGCUCAGUGAAUGCGGGAAGACCAUGGACUUGGCUCUGUUCAUCGACGGUCUCGACGAGUUCCAAGUUGAGCCCGUCAAGAUCAAGAAGCAAAUUCUUGACCCUCUUCGAGUCAUUUAUACUCAUCAGGGGACCAAGGUAUGCGUGGCAAGUCGUGAGUGGAGCGAGUUUGAUGAUGUACUCCAUCAACACCCAAAGCUUCGAAUGCAAGACCUGACAUUUCCUGACAUGAAGCAUUAUGCUAUGUCGAGACUGGCAGCUACUCGCGGAUUCCUGGAGCUGCAAUUCAUAUUUCCCAGCGAGACUGAAGCUCUCAUAGGCGAGUUGCUUGGGAAGGCUAAUGGUGUUUUUCUUUGGUUGACCCUCGUUGUCAAGAGCCUCCUCCAUGCUGCCAGUCAGGGUCAUGGCCUGCACCACCUUCAAGCCCUUGUCAACGCCCUCCCGAGCAACAUCGCCGAUCUGUAUUCUUCUAUCUGGAGCAGCAUUGAAGAUGACAUUGUGUCAGACUCAUCAAAGCUUCUGGCGAUUGUACGCGCAGCGCAUGAGCCUCCAGAUGAUCUCAUGGUGUGGUUGGCUGAUAAUAGCUUUCCUCUCACUUUUGACAUAGAGUCUGUGCUGGCUCGAGACGGUGCAAGGUCUAGAAUUUCGGACAUCAUCAAACGCCGUUUGAGCAGCAAUACAAGGGGAAUCCUGGAGCUGUCUUCCUCUGGAAUUGUCGACUUUCUUCACCGAACGGCUCGAGAUUGGGCAGCGAAGCCUGAAGUCUGGACACGGAUCAAUCUCACCAUUCCUCAAGACUUCGAUCCCAAUCUUGUUCUUCUGAGGACUAAUAUCAUCCUUAAACGCUCUAGUGCAUAUUUGCGUCUGUCCGGCGAUGGCUUGACGGAGAGAACAAUGCUUUAUGCAUCUCGGGUUGCGGACUCUACAAUUUUCCGCCCAAAACUAAUGUCGGCACUCGACGCUUUCGACGACAUGCUACAGCAAGCAUAUGACGAAGACGACGUAUCCUGGAUCACGCAUAUUGAAGGUCGCGUAUAUGAAAAUCUUGACAAGCCCGAGCUCAAGAAGAUGCCUUUCCCCCUUGGAAAACGCAAUAUUUGGGAAAACUGGCAGUGA